AUGUCGCCGAGCCCUCCAUCCUCCUAUUCGAGCACAGCCGCAAGGCCUCCACCUCGGUUCAUUGAGCUCCGGCCAAAGGGAGAGGGUGUAUUGAUCACGUUCCCCGAGGGUGCAUCGGGCCAGGUCGAUUCCAGACGCAAACGACACGCUAUCUCGCAGAAGAACCAGCGAGAUCGGUUAAAGGCGGCGCUAGAGCAGAUGGCUCGGGUGCUACACGCUGGUGGCGUUGGUUCUGGCCCCAGGGGGCCGUCUGGGACGAAGGUUGAGCUGAUUGAAACGGCUGUGGAGUAUAUUCAGAGUCUUGAGAAGGAGGUGAAGACGUUGCGGAGCUCAGUGAAUGAGGAGCCUCGGUCUGAGGAGGGGGUUGAAUGCUCCAACUGA